GGUGGCCACAUUUGGAGGCCAUGGGGAAACGGGAGGAACAGAGGUAAAGGGCAGGGAAAAUGCCUCAGCACGUAGCUAGUGAGUGUGUGUUCCUGACAUAAUCGUGUGAGAAGCCAAGUGACACUCCUGGUUUCUUUCCUAUGCAUGUUAGGUGCUGCUCCUGCAGCUCGGUGCACAGCAGGCGCUGCAGCAAACGUCCUGUGAAAGCCAGAGCCAGCAGCUGAGCGAGGCAGAGGGCACCUCCGUUUCUGGGGGUGGAUUCUGUUUUCGUCGAACAGGCAUUAUGUUACAGUGAGGGGAAGGAGGCGUGAAAAGACAGAGGUAAAAUGUAUGGCAUUUUUAAAUUUUAAAAAAGAUCACUGGCAGCAUUUGUUAAUAUUCUUUAAUUGUUCUGUGACAAAGUUGGCUUUUGUGCACUUCUGGGAAUCGGAAUCCUUCCUGGUUUACUGCUUAGGCUGGCUCUCAGUUUUAAGGAGACUGAGACAUCUGCUGCACAAGAACAUACUUGUCUCUCUUGUGCAAACCAACUGUGCAUGUGGAAGCCUGCACUGCAUUUUUUUUCUGUUUGGUGAUAUAUUAAUUUUGUGGUUACUGUGCUGGUGAGUUACGCUGCAGCGCUGCCCAUAGCCAGCUCUAACAGCACUGUCUGAGCAAGAAGCGGACAAGUAUUACUUGGAGGCAGACAGGUAGGGAUGCUGCCUGUCAGGUUUGGUUCUCUUGCUGCUAAAUUUGUGGCAUCUGUUCAUUAUUGUUUUUUAUCUCAUAAUCUGAUCAACGCUUUGGGUGUACCACUGGAUUAGCUGUCUCAAAAGCCUUUGAGUCUCUCCUUUUACUGAGGCUAUUAAUACUGUUUGUAAUCAACCUAAAAUGAUCUCUUCGUGUCGCUGCAUUAUUUUCUAAGUGCUUGAAAUCCUUGCUUCAGCAAAAACGGGGAAGAGAGAACUCCUGUUUUGAAGGUACAGAAACUCAUCAGAAAUUAAUUUACUCUUCCUUACGAUCAGUCAGAGUCCAAGAGGGCAUUUGUAUCACCAUCUUCAGUAGGUCUGCUUCCAUGUAAGGUAUGAUCCUUUGAGCAAGUGCCUGGUAAUAACUCAUUUUUGUGCUGGUGAGUCCUUUAUUUGAGGCAUUAGACUCUGUCCAAUCUCAGCCACAAAGAGAGGAGGGUAAGAGAAAUUGUCUGAGUCAGUGUGUAAAUGUCUCCUCUUGGCUGCUGUGGCGUGAUCUGCGCUGAAGGUCUCACAACAAUCUUGUAAGUGAGCUAAUAGCUCUCAUUUCAUUCCGGUCUGUCCUUUCAUCAGCCCACACUGGACCAGACAUACUCCAGAGCUAAUGACAAGAAGGGGUAGGCUGUCUUCCACCAAGGUGAUGUGUGCUGAGCAUGCAUGUGGGGAGGCUGGGAGGAGUGAUUAAUGCCCUGGGAAUUUGCUUCUCUGCCUCGCUGCACAAAGCUGUUGUGUCAGGGCACCGGGCGGGCUGCAGCUGGGCGCCAGGAACACGUUACCUAGUUUGCUCAGGAUCAGGCACCGAGACAGAGACAGCGUGUUCUCAGUGGGCCGAGUUCACCACUGUGCCGCAGCUUCAUACUUGCACAGUGAGGCUCUCUUUGGACAUGGAUCUGCUGCUAGGCGGAGGCAGGAAUCCUCUCCUGCUCCAGCUCUGCUGCAAUCUGCAGCCCUGACCUCUGCCAGGGUGAAGUCCCAGAGUUUGCUGAGUUGUGGGGGAGCCCUCCCUCCCCCUGGCUGGGAGGGAUUGCCCCCCUUGGAGGUGAGAGGGGAUGGUGCUUGGCCAGCAGUCAGGAGCCAUGACUCACUGGGGAUCACAGGCGGAGCCCUGCUCUCCCUGCAAUCUGCUCUUCCUGCUGGAGCCCCUUCACGAGCAGUUGCUGGAUGUUUUUUCUCACCAGGCAGAUCUGGGCUGGAGCUGGGAGAAACUCAUGUCCACCAUUAAAGCUGAGGAAUUGGACUCACCUUAGGUGCUGAUCUGCCUGCAGACCCCACGCGAUGGAGGCUGGCUCUGUGGUGCGAGCGGUCUUUGAUUUCUGUCCCAGCGUCUCUGAGGAGUUGCCCCUCUUUGUGGGAGAUGUCAUCGAGGUGCUGGCUGUGGUGGAUGAGUUUUGGCUCCUCGGCAAAAAGGAAGGUGUCACAGGGCAGUUUCCUAGCAGCUUUGUGGAACCUGUGGAUAUUCCCCCUUUGAAGCAGGGAGAAAAACUGUUUGUUUGUACCAGUGACUUCACAUCUCAAGAGCCAGGGAGCUUGUCAUUGCAGAGAGGAGACCUGGUGAUCCUGGGUGGUUCCCUGGCCUCCAGCUGGCUCCAGGGCCGAAGCAGCUGGGGUUCCAAGGGCUUUUUCCCCUCAUCAUGCGUGCGGGAGCUGUGCCUUUCUACUCGGAGCCGUCAGCUGUCCCAGAGUGCUCUCCUGGAGGUGCCUGCCUACUCAUUGGGCCAAGCCCGGGCCCUGAUGGACCUGUCUGCUCAGCUGGAGGAGGAACUGGACUUCAGGGAAGGGGAUGUAAUCAAUAUUGUUGGCAUCCCAGAGCCUGGCUGGUUUGAGGGGGAGCUCCGAGGACACAGGGGCAUUUUCCCAGAGGGUUUUGUGGAGCUGCUCACUCCUCUGAGAGCAUCAGGGACUUCAGAGGAUCCAGAGCCCAGAGGGACUUGUGACACCAAUGGGACAGUGGAGGUGCCCACCAAACAGGACAACAGCAGAGAGGAUGGAGGGCAGGAGCCAGGGAGCACCUAUGGUGUUGCCCUCUACCAGUUCCAAGCCCUGGAGUCCCAGGAACUGGAUUUUGAUGUGGGUGACAGGAUUCGGAUUGUAGGCAUUCUGGAGGAUGGCUGGCUAGAGGGGGAGCUGAGGGGGAAACGCGGCAUCUUCCCUCACAGAUUUGUGAGACUGGAAGCCUCCGACCCCUGCAGGGAAAAGGUGGGUGCUGGAGAUCCCCAGGCUGGAGUAAGCUGUGAAGUGACCAUCCUGCAAGACCCAGAGAGCACCUGCUCCAAAGCUCUCCCUUUGCCAGGGAAAGAUGACAGGGACAUGGAGGAUGGCUCAGUUGCACACCCUGUGUCUGACACCAUUACAUCUCACAUGGCGGAGGGGUCGGAGCGUCCUCUGGGCUCUGACUUUAGACAGUGUCAGGCCUUUCCUGACGCAGGACUCCAGGAACCACAUUCCAAAGCCCCAGUAGACUCCCACCCCUCUGACUGCACAAAGACAGUCAAUGGCCUUCAUCCCUCUGCUCAGCUGCCCCCACAGCAGAGCCACAAACCAGACCAAGCAGGUGUACUGGAGCCUCAGGCCCUGCCUGAGCAUGAUGGAGACAGUCCCGCCAUGCCCCAGCAGGCUCCCUGCUCCCUGCCAGACACUUGCAGAAGUCAGGUCAUUUCUCCUCCUAACAGCUGGGCAGCAUCAGAGCCGCAGGAGAACCAGAGCAGCACCCAGGACUUGGAUGGUUGGGUGGACAGUCAACAGGAGAAGUCCAAAUCUUAUUCCUCCAGCUUGGGAGGUGCCCACAUGGGCCCAGAUACAUGGUCUGGGACCUGGGGGGAAUGUUCCCUGCUCACAGCACAGGACCUCGACUCCAAACUGACAGAGCAGCUGGCACAGUUUGAGAAGAGUCUGUCAAGUACUGGUGCUGAGCAGGACAAGGUCUCCCGGCACUUCUCUAUCUUGGACUAUAGCUCAGAGAAGGACAUAGUUCGUGGGUCUCCUGAGCCUGCCUCCCACGCCAAGCAGCCAGAGAGGAGGAAAGCCCUGAGGCCACCCCCUCCUCGGCCCAGCACCCUCGCGACAGCCCCUGUGCCCUCGCAGCCCAGCCGCCUUCCCAAAGGCAGGUCUCUGUCGUUCUCGGUGAAGCCCUCCCGGCCCGCACCUCGGCCUCCGUCCAGCAGUCAGCGGAGGAGCCUGGCCCCUCCGCAGCUGCAGCCCAGCGCCCAGGAGCAGCGUGCAGAGGAGGGCCGCGAUGACUUGAUGCAGACAGGAGCAGCUUCCCCCUGCUCCAUCCUGCUGACAAGGAUCAGAGAAGUGGAGCGAGACCUGGAGGCUUACGGGAAGACCCGCACUGAGCUGAGCUUGAUGCUGGAGGAGCAGCAGGAUGAGCUGGUGAGAGCAGAGACCCUGGAAAACCUUGACUUCUGUGACUCCAACAUCGAGAGCCUCAGCGUGGAGCUGCAGGAGCUGAGAGAGAUGACCCUCCUGUCCUCCCAGACACCAUCCCUUGAGACGUCCUCAGCUGCCACCGAGAGCCCGGAGCACAGGAUGCUGGAGAAGAGGUCCAAGGUUAUUGAGGAACUGCUCCAGACAGAGAGGGACUACAUCCGAGACCUGGAAAUGUGCGUGGAGAGAAUCAUGGUGCCCCUGCAGCAGGCACAGAUACAGAAUGUAGACUUUGAGGGUCUUUUUGGAAACAUCCAAGUGGUGAUAAGCUUCUCUAAGCAGCUGCUGUCCACCUUGGAGGCUUCAGAUGCCAUUGGGCCGGUGUUCCUGGCACAGCGUGCAGAGCUGGAGAGCGUCUACAGGGUGUAUUGCCAGAACCAUGACGAGGCCAUUGCACUGCUGGAAACUUACGAGAAGGAUGAGAAGAUCCAGAAACUACUCGUGGACCUGCUGGAUAGCCUCAGGAGCCUGUACAGUGAGUGGGGCUGCACAAACUACAUUAACCUGGGCUCCUUCCUCAUCAAGCCAGUGCAAAGGGUGAUGCGGUACCCGCUGCUGCUGAUGGAGCUGCUGAGCGCCACCCCUGAGUCUCACCCUGACAAGGCUCCGCUCACAGCUGCUCUCCUUGCAGUCAAAGAAAUCAACGUCAACAUCAACGAGUACAAGCGUCGGAAGGACCUGGUGCUGAAGUACCGGAAAGGGGAUGAAGAUAGCCUCAUGGAAAAGAUCUCCAAGCUCAACUUCCACUCUAUCAUCAAGAAAUCCAACCGUGUGAGCAGCCACCUCAAGCAUCUCACGGGCUUUGCACCCCAGCUGAAGGAUGAAGCCUUUGAGGAGACAGAGAAAAAUUUUCGGAUGCAAGAGAGGCUAAUCAAGUCCUUCAUCAGGGACCUUUCACUCUACCUGCAGCACGUCCGGGAGUCAGCCUGCAUGAAGGCACUGGCAGCAGUCAGCAUGUGGGACCUGUGCACAGAGAAAGGCAGUGGGGACUUGGACCAGUUCCAGAAAGUGAACCGGCUCAUCAGCGACCAACUCUUCUCCAACUUUAAAGAGCGGACAGAGCGGCUGGUGAGCUCGCCGCUAAACCAGCUGCUGAGCAUGUUUGCGGGGCCUCACAAGCUGGUGCAGAAACGCUUCGACAAGCUCCUCGACUUCCACAACUGCACAGAGCGAGCGGAAAAGCUGAAGGACAAGCGAACGCUGGAGGAGCUGCAGUCGGCCCGCAACAACUAUGAGGCCCUUAACGCCCAGCUGCUGGAUGAGCUGCCCAAGUUCCUGUGCUUCGCCAAGGAGCUGUUUGCCAGCUGUGUGCGGGGCUAUGCAGAGGCACACUGUGACUUCGUGCGCCUGGCCCUGGAGGAGCUGAGACCACUGCUGUCGUUGCUGAAGGUGUCCGGCCGGGAGGGGAACCUCAUUGCCGUCUUCCAGGAGGAGCACAGUCGGGUCCUCCAGCAGCUCCAGGCCUUCACCUUCUUCCCAGAGUCCCAGGCAGCUCCCAAGAAGCCUUUUGAGAGGAAGACCAUGGAGCGUCAGUCUGCCCGGCGGCAGCCACUCGGUGCCUUGCCCAGCUACCUCCUGCAGUCAGACGACAUCCGAGCUGCCCUCCUGGCCCGGUAUUCCCCUGACAGUCUCUUCCAGGCAGAGCGCAAUUUCAAUGCUGCCCAAGACCUGGAUGUCUCGCUGCUGGAAGGAGACAUCGUGGGGGUCAUCAAGAAGAAGGACCCCAUGGGCAGCCAGAAUCGCUGGCUCAUAGACAAUGGGGUGACCAAGGGCUUUGUGUACAGCUCCUUUCUGAAGCCCUACAACCCGCGCCGCAGCCAGUCGGAUGUCUCCGUGGGCAGCCACUCUUCCAACGAGUCCGAGCACAGCAGCUCCUCCCCGCACAGCAGCACCACACUGACCUUCAGCCCCAGCGGGGCAGCCGUGGCCUUCACUCAGAAACCCCUGCAGGACUCUGCCUCCCCAGGAGACACACACCAAUCCCCACAGUCCCCUUCACAGACGGACUCCCCCUCUGUGCCCCAGCUCAGCUCUGGUGACAGGACGGAGAGGCUGGAGGCUGGAGUGGUGACAUCUCCACGCCGCUACGGCCGCCCAGAGCCAGGCUACAGCCCCGGCCCUCGCAAUGGGCACCCCGCCAAAGCGCGGCUCAGGCCUGUGUCCUCAGUGGAGGACAGAGACUCCGGGCUGGAGAGCAGUGAGUCAGAGGGCAACCAGCAGGUCUAUUACGCGCUCUACACCUUCAAAGGCCGAAACACCAACGAGCUGAGCGUGUCAGCUAACCAGAGACUCAGGAUCCUGCAGUUUGAGGACAUCACAGGCAAUCGAGAGUGGUGGCUGGCCGAGGCCCAUGGCAAGCAGGGCUACGUGCCCUCCAGCUACAUCCGGAAGACGGAGUACACGUGAGACAGGGGGCAGGAGCCCCUACCCCGUGCCUUGGGACUGCCGGGGGCCCUGCAGCCUCCACUGCUUGCCCCAGGGGGAUGAGGCUGUGCCUCCUUGCAGCCCUGCAGUGCUUCCAGCCCCACUACACCGGCUGCCAUGGGCAGGAGGAAGCAUGGGCUGGCAGGGCAGGCAGCUUGCGUGAGGGCAGGGGCAAGUUGCUGUUAUCCCAUGCUGUUCAAGCCUCCUGCCUCCAGCCAAGAGCGGGGGAGUAGAGCCUGGGGCCGUGCCCCAGGAGGGAAUGUCUCAAUCAAGGCUGAGCUGCUGUGGAUUUAAACUGUGGAAAUCUAUUGCUGAGUCCAUCUUUAGCGUUAAAAGUAACCUGUGAACGCAUUCCCGGUGCCUUCUCAGCAGCAGCAGGAGCCUGGUCUAUCCUGUCUGUGCAGGACCUCAGGGUGGGAUGUCUGUGCUGGCUCUAAGGAAGCUGCUCUGAAGAUUGCUGUGAGUAGUUCAGCUUCAGAGCCCAACCUUCAGGAGCACCCAUGUCAGAGCCCCGGUGGGUGCUGUGUCCGUGUGCUUAGUCUCCCAGGGGCUGGGGCCUCUCUAAGCUUUUCUAGCUUAGAACGAGAAACCCCUGUCAGGGGGUUGUCCAGGCUAUUGGGUUCUCAGCUCCCAGAAGAGCCAUAGAUCCUGAACACCAUCUUCCCUUGUCAGCACAGUGCCUCCAGUGUCCAAGACUCUGCUCCAGCAUGGCUGCUCUGGAGCAGGGCAGAAGGCAAAACACAGGCUGUCCUGCAGCCUCAUGUUCUGGGGCUCUGACCAGGAAUGCCUCACCUGUGCCUGCUGCAAGGCAGUGGAGAUGGUGCUUAUGUUCUGGGAGGGAUGCAGUGCCCUUUGCAGGGGUGGUGUGUCUUAUGUGCUGCUGCCAUGCCCUGAAGGAGGAAGGCUCCCUUCUCCUUGGGGCAGUGUUUGUGUCCCCUGUACUGCUGCUCUGUAAAUAAACGUUUGCCCUUGUAUAU